AUGCCGCUGCACCGUGCCUGGCUUCAGCUUCCCAAGCCACUCGUGAGGAGCAACACAUGGAAGCGGGUCUGCAGGGGCAUCUUGAGCCAGCAGGCCCAGCGACCGUGGCGAAGGACGAGACUGAAGACCCCCGUCCCGGCAGCCCUUGGGGUGUUGCUGGCCCUGGCCUUGCUGGCCCUGGCCCGCCUGCCCCCAUCGCCGGAUCGGUCCCCCCACCUGCCACCAGCAUCGUCCCCCCCAGUCCCCCGGCAGGAGGCAGCUGUCCCCCUGUCUGGGGGACGAGCCCCUGGCAAAAGGCCCCCUGCACCCCCUGCAUGCUUGCAGAGGGACCAGCAACUGGUCCAGGGCAGGAGGCGGCGACGAGGGGUGGCAGGGGAUGCUCCCCCAUGGCUGUCCAGCGAUGACAUCCAGAAGAUGCAGCUGCUGGCUAGCGGGCAGGUUGUCUCCAAAACCCGCAUCCCGGCCCACGGACAAGUCCUGCGAGUGGGGCUGCGGGCUGUGGGGGAUGCCGAGGGGGACGCCUCGCGAGCCAGCCCAGAGGAGGACUGCCGGGAUGGGCGCUGUGGGCUCAUCAAGCGCCCCGGGGACCUCUACGAGGUGCUGGCCUUCCACCUGGACAGGGUGCUGGGACUGAACCGCAGCCUGCCCGCCGUGGCCCGGCGCUUCACCAGCCAUCUCCUGCCCUACAGCUACACGGACGGCUCCCUGCGACCCAUCAUCUGGUGGGCACCCGACCUCCAGCACCUGGAGGAUGCUAACAACGACCAGAACUCCUGUGCCCUAGGGUGGCUGCAAUACCAGGAGAUGCUGCGGCCCCACAGACCGACGCUGGCAGCUGGGGACGGUCCCUGCUCCAGCAUCCCACGUGGCGAGUGGAGCCGUCUGGCCCUCUUUGACUUUCUCCUCCAGGUUCAUGACCGCCUGGACCGUUACUGCUGUGGGUUUCAGCCUGAUCCCUCUGAGCCCUGUGUGGAGGAGAGGCUCCAUGAGAAGUGCCGAAACCCGGCGGAGCUCGUCCUCGUUCACAUCCUGGUCCGAAGGAGCUCACCGUCCCACCUGGUGUUCAUCGACAACGCAGGCAGGCCACAACACCCCGAGGAGAAGCUCAACUUCAGGCUCCUGCAAGGCAUAGACAGCUUCCCGGCGGCGGCGGUGGCCACGCUGCGGUCGGGCAGGUUGCAGAGCCUGAUGCUGGAGUCUCUGCGCAUGGACCGGGACCUCUGGGAGAGCCAGGGCGGCGCCGAGGGCCUGAAACCCCUGCUUCGGACCAUCGACAGGAGGGCACACGUCCUGCUGAGGUACAUCCAGGAGCACAACCUGACGGUGUUCGAGGACUCACCGCGCUGAACCGAACUCUGGCCGGCACGGAGCGCCUGCCUUGCAAAUCCCAGCGGCGAUGGAUGUACCUCACCCCCUCAGGGUGGGCCAUGUGAGACUGUGUGUGGGUGCUUGGCUCUCCAAAAGGUGUUCCCACCCCCUUGUAGGAUGUCCUGGAGAAGGAGACGGGAUCAUGGGGAGUAGAAAAGAGGGGGAGGAGAUGUCUCCUGAAACAAUCCCCAACUGCUUGAGAAAGGCAACAGUCAUCAAGUAAUGGUCUCAGCAUGGACCUUUACUAGUCCACGGUGCCUUCACCACCCCACUACUGCAGCAACUUUGAAAACUGGAGGCUUGGACAGGUUGAACAGCCUCCAGAGACCCUGGGAAGGGUUAAAGAAUUGGUGAGAGGCACUGCUCAGAGCUGUGUGAAGUCACUGGGAGCCUUUCCAUGGCUUCCACUGGGCUUUUUGAUGAUGCCUUCGCUGUUGCCAAAACAUCACAGGCAGAGAGGCUGGAGCAGCAUGGGGGAAAGCAGAGGGGAGCUUUCUAAGUGGAUUAAGCAGGGACAAGUCGCCCAAGCAGCGCUCUGUCUCCCCCCCUGCGGAGGAGGUGAUGGGUGCCUGGGAGCGAGUGUAAACCGCUGCCCGGAGCUGGGGCCAGGUGGGACCCUGGACCUGGCAGCAGCUGCCAUCACGGACCCUGUGGUGCCGUCCCCGUGUGCCAUGUGCCAUCCCUCGGCAGGCCAGGGCUGCUGCCAAGGAGCAUUUUGAAUGUGGGAUUUGAAGGUUUCAAUCUCUCGCUCGCUCUUUCCUUUCACUGUCAGGGGGUUAAAACUCCAACCUACCCCGAGCUCCGCCGCUUGUGAAAAGCGCUCCCGCCUGCUCUCUUAGGCACGGCUGUGCAAAACUCUUUCCAAGACUUGCAAAAAUGUCUUCUAACAAAAAUGCCAGGCUAUUUCAGCAGAAGGCAACUGAGUGCAAAAUGCUUUCUGAGCGUGCUGGCACCUCCAGUGGAACCCAGCCUGCUCCUGUCACCUCCAUAUGCUCUUGCCCAGCAGCCCACUGUGAUGGGGCACAGCAGCAGCCCAGCCAGGCAGGUCCUCAACCGUCAGGGCUGAGAGAUAAUUCAAAAGCAAAAUGAACAGGUGGAAAAAAGAUCCAGGUAUGGGCUCUGUCAGAGCCUCUCGCUCUCCGCAGUGUCUUUCGCAGCUGAGGCAUGCAGUUAGUGUUUGCUUGCCAGGAGCAGCUGGUUCCUGGCCUGUGGGCUGAUCAUUUGCCACCGGGGGAAGGCUUUUUAAAGGGGCUUCAGGGAGAAACCCUUCGUUUCUCCAGUGCUCCAGCCGAAGCUUCCAUGCCUGAGGCACCCCCAAGUCACUUCUGCCUUUGGAAAGUCUUAGUGAGACCAGCGUGGCCAUUCGCACGAUGCUGCUCUCCCAUUGCCUUAGCUUUGGAGAACACGACCACCCAUGCAGUGGGAGAGGCAGAAAAGACAGGCAUUGAUGCCUUCCCUGCUCCCUCCAUCCUUCUGCAGUUUUAGAGCCUGCAAGGGGAUACUUUAACACCCAUGCUGAUAAGCACAAGCAAUUACCUUUUUUUCCCUUUUUCUUCUUGCUUAAGAGAAGACGAAGUGAGAUUUGGGUGACACGAGUCAACAAGAGCAAGUGCUCUCAGAGAGCAUCGUCACUCGACAUCGUGGGCAUAUCGGCAUCCAGAGCGCUGGCAGCAUCUUCCUGGAGUCCUGCCCUCCAGCUAGCCAGGGAAAGCCUUUCCCCCAGCACUCUCUCCACCCCAUGAGUUAUCACCCCGUUUGCCGUGCCACGGGGUGGAUGGCUGUUGGGGAAGCCACGCUAAAGCCCAGCUCCUGGGGAUUCAUUAUCGGGAGGUGAGUUAGGCUGUAAGCACGGAGGAGAAUGAAAUAACUGAUCCUGGGUCCUGUGAAAAGCAAUGCACAGGCAUAGCCUUAUAUACAAAGGAGACUAUAAAGGCCUAUAUAAAGGAGACUAAAUGUAACAUAAUUAAGUCCAGAAAAUAUGCUGUGAAAAACUACCUGGUAACAGGAGCAUUAGUUAGGAUGUGUGGCAUCAGUCAUAGUCUUGUUUUUCUCAUUAAAAUGAGAAAUUUCAUUAAAAGAGAGGUUGUCAUCCCACGUAAGCCAAGUUCUCAGCGAGAAGUGAGAGGAAGGUAGGGCACUGCGUGGUGGCCAAAGGUGUUGACUUGGCCGUGCUGGAACAGCAGCUUUUGCCUUGCCCCGGGUUGCAUCUCUUGCCUCCGGUUGCAUCUGCUUGACCUUAACGCUGCACAAGGUAGUGGGGAUUUUUCUAGGGCAUUUUGCAUUUCCUUGGUGUAACAUGUAAGUUUGCUGGCUAAACACGUGCGGGAACAUCU